AGUGGGCUGGGUUGUUUACAGCCAAACUAGAAUCAACUAGAAUUUUUGCUUUUUAUAAAAACAUUUAUGUGGCACUUUCGGCUUUUCUGAAAGUUUUACAUUUUUUAUUGUAAAUUUAGAAAAAGCGAUGAGUGAAAAGACAGACGAAACCGCGGUGUCUAAUCAGCUCAACAAAAGACUGAAGAAAAUUUUAGACGUGCGACUGGAAAAUGAUAAAGAAACGCUGGAGGCUCUUAAAGAGUUAUCAUCUUUCUACAAGGAGAACACCCUCCAGGGUAGAAGGAACUUUGUCAGUCAGAUUGAAAAGCAGAGUCUUUGCAUCAAUGAGGAGUUCCUCGGUGAGUUGAGAAAGGUAAAAGAGGCACUGGACGGCAUCCACAGUGAUGUGGCGUCGAUGAACGAGAUGGUGAAGGAGAUGAAGGUCAGUCUUCACAGCACCAAAACUAAGACGCACAACCUGAUCGAACAGACAACGCGUCUUAAGUCUGAAAAUCAAAAGCUGGGCGUGCAGAAAGAGGUGGCCAGCGCCUUCCUCAGGGCGUACCAACUGGACGCAGAGGAGCAGGCGCAGCUGCGUGGCAACCAAGAGGGCACCCUGAGCAAGGCCUUCUUCCCCGUCCUGGCCAGGGUCAACACCAUCCACAGCGACUGCCGCUCGCUGCUGCAGGCCGGCCACCAGACGGCCGCCCUUGACGUCAUGGAGCAGAUGGCCCUGUACCAGGAGAUUGGCCUCGAGCGCCUCUACCGCUGGACUCAGGCCAACUGCAAGCACGUCGAGCUGCCGGAAGUGGCUCUCCUCCUCUCCGACGCCAUGCUCUGGCUCCUCGAACGCCCUGUCCUUUUCCAGUACGUCCUGGAUGAGUAUGCAACGGCUCGACGGGCAGUACUAGUCAGGGGCUUCUUGGACGCCCUGACCCUAGGUGGUCCAGGAGGCACCCCCAAACCCAUUGAAAUGCACGCCCAUGACCCCCAGCGUUACGUCGGAGACAUGCUCGCUUGGCUGCACCAGGCCAUUCCCCUUGAAGCAGAAAAUCUACAGACGCUGCUCAGAAAAUGCGACCACUCUAUAAUUGAGGAGCAAAUUCAUCAGACGAUGACAAACAUUACGGAAGGCGUUUGUCCACCUUUGAAAGUUAGGAUGGAGCAGAUUUUGUCCAACGACGCUGAGGCCACCGUCCUGUACGCCAUCACCAACCUGCUCAGGUUCUACCAGAAAGUCAUUAAAGAGGUGGUGAGCGGAGGAAUUCUGGACAACAACUUAGAAGAGCUGCACACUGCCAGUUUUGCUGCCUUUGUCCGAACUCUGGACGUCCAAGUCAAGCGUCUGAGUGACCGCAUUGAGCCUCCACCCUCUGAGCUCACCCCUGUCUCUGGCAUCACAAGAAUAAUGAGCCUCCUCAGAGACGUCCUGGCGGCCACCACCGUUGCCGAGCAGAGGAAACAAGAUAUUUCCCAGAUAAUUGCAUGCAUAGUGGACCCACUGCUGCAGGUGGUGAACGAAAGCGCCUUCAGGUUGCCCUCAACAGACAUGGCCGUCUACAUGCUCAACUGCAUCUACCAGCUCCAGUCCACUCUGUCUCUUUAUGAGUACGUUGAGGACAGACUCGAGAGGCUCCAGGCUCAGUCAGAGGCGCAAAUCGAUACGCUGACCUCAGAGCAGACCAGUUUCCUGGUAGCCAAUCUGAGUCUCAGCCCGAUCUACACCAUCCUGCAGGAACCGGACAAAAGCCACCUGAGCACAACACCAGGGAUGGACCCUGCCUCACUGAAAAACUUUCUGUCAAAGCUGGAUAGUUUUCUGAGCAUGCCAGACAUUCUGCUACUGCCGCAGAUUCGCCUUCUGCAGAGCUCAACCUUCCGCAAGGUGGUGCAAAAACGCUCAUGUGAGGUGAUCGCCGCCAUCUACAAACAGCUUUACCAGGCGGUGCACGAUCCGGCCAACCUGUACCAAAAUCCUUCCAUUCUGAUGCCCAGGAAACCCGAGCAGGUCCUCGAACUGCUUUCACCACCGUAGAUGAGUUGUGCACUGUUGUGAUUUUUCCAUUAUUUUGAAUAUAUUUUUUGGAUCAAAGCAUUUUUUUAAUUAACUUCUUUUAAAUAAUAUCAAUCAAUUGUUAUUUUAAUGUUGGAAAUGUUCUUUGUAAGGUCAUAUAAAUACAUGUUUUACUGGAUCUUGUGGGAAAUACAAAAAGUAUUUCAAUUAAUUCCAAAUUGUUAAGACUCAUCAAAGACUCCAACUGGAAAGAGUCUAUUUAUCCCAUAUAAUGUAAAAUAUUGAAGCAAAAUGGGUUACUAUAGCUUGUUGCUUUUGGUAGACAUGUCAAGUGGCUUAAAAGUACAAAGAAAAACAUAAUGAGAGUUUAGAUAUAUUGAGAGACUUCUUAAUAGUUUUAAGCGGUAUUAGCGCUAUUAAAAUUCUGUUCAUUUUUAGGCCUUUCACCAAUUUGGCUUAAUAUUAUUUGGAUUAUUUCUUUAAUUUUUAUAGUAAUACAAUUAUGUUGCAAAAUGUUAUUCAUAUUGAUUUUAAGAUUUUGAUGACCGAAAUUAAAAAAAAAAAUUGUGGA